CAUACUAGCUUGUUGGGCUGUUGUUCAGGUUGAGACCCCAACAAUAUGAGAAAAUAAUAAAGGAUAAAAAAGUUCAAUUUUUAUCAGCAAAAGUAGUAAAAAUAAUUUUUAAUCAGUAAUCUACAAUUUCGAUUCUCAAAAGAAAAAAAAAAAAAAAACGAGUCCCCUACAAAAAGAGGAAAUCUAAUAGAGAUAGAAAUCCAAUCAGCUAUAUCAAAUCGCGCGGGAAUUAUUCUCUCUCCAUCUCUAUCUCUCUCUCUCACUUCAGUGUACUCCCGCUAAAAACAACCCCAAAUUAGAUCGAAAAGCCCUAAUUUCCGAGAAACCCUAACUCAUCCAAUUCGCAUGGAAAAUCCAGCUGAUCAACCUGAUAAACCGCCGGAAGUGAAUGCCGGCGAUCUACAUUCACCAGAUCAGAAAGUUAUUCGUCGCCGAUUUGUACAGACGACGCUAUUUCCUCUUAAACCUCACGCUACCGAAGUCGAAAAUUGCGCUCAAAAAGAAGUUAAAAAAGCGGAACAAAUUGACGAUGAUGAGGACGAAUUUUGCGGGAGUCAAGGAGGAAAGAAAAAAAGAGGAAGAAAACCAAAAGUAAAUACUACGCCUCAGAAACGAAAGUCUAAGAAGCUAAAUGAUACUAAAGUUGAUAAUUGUAUUCAAAAAGUUGAGGAAAUUGGUGAGGGUGAUGAUGGUGAUGUGGAGGAGGUUUGUGGGAGUCAAGGAGGGAAGAGUAAAAGAGGGAGGAAAGUAAAGGGGAAUUCUACGCCUCGAAAACGCGGGCCGAAGAAGGCUGCUGUCAACGGAAAAGAUGCUUGUGUAGCAAUCGAUGACACUGAAUCUCCAUGUGAUGGAAGCCCUCAACAGCUGAAAGCGAAGCAACGUGUUUCAACAAGAAAUGGAAGGACUAAUGGUGAUAAGGCAGUAUCCAUGUCAAAAAUUUCAACUCAUCCAGUAGCUACCCAGCAAUCUUCACAGCCUGUUCCCGAUCUUUGGCUGGAGGCUAAAAAGAUGGCUGAGGAGAAUUCACGGAUAUUUGCUGGAAAACAGAUACAUCCCUUUUUCUGCUCCAGGAAGGCGGGAAAGAAAGACUUGGAGAUAAUUGAGUUGGAGAAUAUAGAGUGCUUGAAUAAAGGGAAGGAGAGAAAUGCUGAGAUUGGUCCUAUUCAUGUGUUUGAAAGUGUUAAGGAGGAUUUAGAUUCUAUUGAUUGGAGUAAUUGGACCUUUGAUGACGGGAUCUUCAGCAAGACAACUUGUAUUCAAGGAAGGGAAAUCUCUUCCUCUAAUGACACUGUUGGCUCCUUAAAUUACGAUAAUAAUAACGGUUCAAAUCCUCCCACAACAUCACUACUUCUGAAGGAUGAUUCAUUAGCCCAACUUCGUGGUACCAAUGAAAACUCUUUUUUAUUAUCAAGGUCCAUUUCUCCUAUUAUUGUUGAUGAAGAAGUGGAACCAUAUGGCCCGUUGAAGAACUUUAAAAAUGACUUUGAAUUGAGCAAAGCUUAUAUCCAUGGCGAUGUCGGUUAUGUCAGCUCACAUUUUGAGCAGCAAAAUUCUCCACAGGACAGAAUUAUGUCAUACUAUCGUAGUCGUGGUAAUUGCCCAGAGAAUAGCUUGUGGACAAACAAAUAUCAUCCAGAAAAGGCAUUGGAGGUUUGUGGUAAUAGUGAGGCUGUGAAGUUCAUAAAUGACUGGCUACGCCUUUGGCAUUCAACAGAUUUUCGUUUCAGCAAGAGUUCUUAUUCUACUGACAAGAGUUUGAUGAAAGAUGAUUCAUAUGAUACAUAUGACAGCGAUUCGGAUGCUGAAAAUGCAGAGGCAUCUGGCUUGAAAAACGUUCUUUUGGUAACAGGACCUGUUGGGAGUGGAAAAUCGGCUGCCAUUUAUGCUUGUGCAAAAGAGCAAGGCUUCCAAGUCAUUGAGGUUAAUGCAUCAGACUGGAGAAAUGGAGCUCUUCUCAAGCAAAAAUUUGGAGAGGCUGUAGAAUCGCAUUGGAUCAAGCGGUCCAAAGAAAGUCCUAUAAGUAAGCUCAAAAUAAAGUCUUCACCUGUACCCACAAAUGAAGCAUUACCACAAGAUCUGAACAAUGACGUAGUUGAAGUGAUAUCUCUAUUAGAAGAGGAAGAAUAUGUGGGUGAUGUUGGAGGUCAAAAACUCGGUAGUGGUAGACUUUCUUGUGAUAAAGGUGACAUCAAAACCUUAAUACUUUUCGAGGAUGUGGAUGUUACUUUAUGCGAUGAUCGUGGCUUUAUUUCCACCAUACAACAACUUGCUAGUACAGGAAAGCGGCCCAUGAUAUUGACGAGUAAUAAUGAAAGCCCACUGCUGCCAGACAAUUUGGAAAGAGAAGAAGUGUGUUUCACAAUGCCAUCAUUAAAGGAGCUUGCCCACCAUAUCCACCUGGUUUCUUCUGCUGAAGAAGCCAACAUACAGCCUGACCUUAUUGAGAGAUGUGUUGAAUUUUGCGGAGGGGACAUCCGUAAGACUUUGCUGCAUCUUCAAUUUUGGUGCCAGAGUAAAGAAUGCAAUAAAAAUGGACAAAUGCGAAGCAUAUCUCCGAUGUUCAAUCUUGAAGCUGGGCACUGUAUAUUGCCUAAACUGAUCCCUUGGGAGUUACCCUCUUUACUGUCUGAAUUUGUUGAAGCAGAAGUUGCCAAAUUUUUCAGCAGAAUGGAAGAAAAUUAUAGCCUCUUAGGAGUGAUUGAGGAAGAAGAGGUAGGGAAUCCCAGUAUACAGAAUAAACUAGAUUAUAUAGGUGAAACAACUAGCAUUGAGGCAAAGAAGGAAGCAAUUUUAAAAGGAAACUGCUAUAUGCAUGUAGACAAUGAUGUAAUACCAGGAAGCAAUGCGUGUGAGUUCUCUAAUUCUUCAGGCUCUCCAGUAGCAUUUGUUCGUCGUAAUACCCGCAGAAAAUCAGACACCAUGCUUUCAGAUUCUGAAGAUGAGAUCUGUAAUCAUGGGAAUCCUGCUGUUGCAUAUGGUUUGUCCAGUGAUAAUAAUACUCUUUUUCCUGGUGUUCGUUCUGACUUUCCAGUCCUUAAUUUGGCAUCAGAGGGUAUAUCAAAUGGGUUUGGUGAACAAUUACUUCAUCCUGAAGCAACAGACUCACAAGCAGCCCGGCAUCAGUCUGCAAAAACAGCACACAGUAACCACAUCAACUUUAUUGCUGCGGGAAACCCAUGUAAUCAAUUAAUUGACCCUUUUGUACUCACCACAGAGGCAAAGCAUCAGCAUCUAGAUUUUGUACUUGCAAGCUGCAGUAGUUUUGGGCAAGCCAAUGGCUCUUUGAACCUGUUGAAUGAAAACCUGCCAGUACAUACUGGAGAUGGAAAUAUGAUAAUGGACAUGAACCAAUUCCCAGCUGUAGAUGAUGAGAAGUUUCUUUCUUUGUCCAACUCUAGAAAACAGUCAGUUGAUGAACCCGUUCAUUUUGGAGAGGUAAAUGGAGACGAAAUAGCCAAAUUAGGGACGGGACAUGCAGCAGAUCUGUGUUUAAACCCAUUCAGAAAGCAGGUACAGCAAUGUGAAGGGACAAGUAUUCCAGUAAAGAGAUGCCUGUUUCCACAAUCAGCACAUGCUGAUUCCGUUCAUGGUUCACUAGGAACUCCAAGUAAUCAAUCUACUGGCCAACUCAUUCAAUGCACAGAGGCUAGCAUGGUAGGACCUCAUCAUUGGCAUCUUCAGAUGGGAACUUUAAAUCAUGAUAGUCAGGUAGCUGAUGCCGCCUCUUUGAACCCAGUGUUGGACCAGUUACUUUGCUGUAGUCAUGCAAAUAUAGACAACAGUGAGCAGCAACUUCCAGAAACAGAAAAUUCCAAUCCUCUCUGCUAUACAGCACUGGGUGACUCUUUAAACUCUUUAAAUGACAAGCUUUUUCAUUUUGUCGAGGCUAAGGAAAAGGAAAUUGAGCACGAACAACCACAGGCAGGUGAUAGAAAUCAUGGCAGCUGUGUAGCUGCAGACGGUCCCUUGCUACAACUGAGCGACCAAAAUUCUGGAAUAGUAAAACCAGAGAAAAUCCAGCAGCAACAUGCACAAAUUGCUGACCUCAGUCCUGCUAAAUGUUUACAACUAGAUGGUUCUUUGAAACGAAUGAGUGAACAAUUAGAUGAUGAACAAGAAAAGGCAGAAAAUGUCCAACAUCAUUUACCUGAUACGGCUAUCGUGGAUGUGAUGAGUUGGCCAGCAGUCAACAAUUGUAUGAACCCAUUAGAUGGGAGAAUACAAAAUUUUUUUGAGAAAAAAGCAGAGGAGCUCCAGUGCCAAUAUUCUGAUGCCACAAAUGUUAAUAAUGUGAUUGAUCCGUGCCAAUCAAUUGACAUGUCCUACGUACCAGAGUCAACGUUUGUUCCAGAGACUGAAAUCAAUGAUGGAACAGAGUGUCUGUCAGGAGCAGAUGUGAUGGAAAUUGUGUCUCCAGUUGCAACUAACAAUGUUCACUCAUCUAUCCUUGGGCAUCAAGCUUCUGAGUAUAAGCUCUGUGGUAUAGACUUAAAUAUGAAUGCGGGGGAUGAGGAGAUGGGAGAUACUCAUAGUGAAAAUGAUCAUAUUGAGGCCAGCACGUCUGGGUGUCCGGUGAUGGAUGAGUGCAGUCGUAUGGAUUUUUGCAAGAGAUCCAGGAUCGUUAGGAGCUCUGCAUUGGAAGUAAUAAGUUCUGUACAGAAAAGGUGGAACGAACUUCGGCAGAGAGGUAUGGGGCAGUACUCUAUCUCUGAACAUCAAAACGCUUUUGAAGUUGUGGACCUGUGUUAUAGAAUGAGCAAUUUAAUUUCAGAGGGUGAUAUUUUACUUCGCGAUCGUGAAUUCCUAAUAAAUGAUUUAUCAGGUCAGGAGACAGGUCUUAGUCAGGAUACUUAUACCUUUGACUGGCAUGAUCUUGCUCAGGUGGCAUAUUCAUUUGCAGAAUAUGGCUAUUUCUUGUAUGCGAAAGAUAUUGAUGCUUUACAAUCAAAGAUGGGUCCAGCCAACAAGCUGAAUCUGGGUUGGGAGAUGCUUCUGUCAACUAGUAAUUCAAUGGCGUUAGGAAAACUACUCCGCCUAAAUAGGAGUCAAUUUUCAUUGGCUGAUAUGAGCAUAAAGCAGGCAGUAACGAAAGUUUAUGCUUCACUCACAAGAGAAAAGAAGAUGUGCUUACAGCAUAUUGUUCAGUCAGUAGUUCCUUUGAGAUCUUACUUGACAGUGAGAGGAAAUGCACUCCAUGAAUAUCUUUCUUCUUUGGCUCACAUUUCGAGAUUAGAGGAUUCCCGUUUGGCUGAAUCUGCUGCGAAGACAAAACGAAGAAGGGUGCGUGUGGCUAAGAAUUAUUUAAGUAGUGGCGGGCUAGAUUUGUCGCAGGACGAUAUCUCAAAGCUGAAUGAGUAUGAUCUAUAUCGAAGUGAUUUAUCUAAAUCGACAAAGUGAAAUUCUAGGUAGAAAACAUCAGUAUAUGAUUGGUAUUUAAGGUAAUUGCUAAUUAUUCUUUCACAAGAUAGCUAUUGUAGAUAAAAUAAGCUUGAUGCCGAUCCUUUAAUUUUGUUUCUAUAAAGUUCGAGGUCUAACUUGUUGUAAAUGUUCUUUAUUAAUCAUAGUAUUUAAUUACAGUA